CUCUGAGUAAAGUGUAAGUGUAAACAUAGCAUUAUAGCUAAAUACAUUGAUUAGUGGUUUACAAUCAAAUGGGUACACUGAGAACACCGUGUCUCCACUGUAUUUGAACAAGUGUCUUCCUAGAGGUGACGAUUGAUGAACACGUGCUACUGGAAGUGUUAAAGACAGGUUAUUGUUACCCUGAAGGCCUACUCUAUGCCCCUAGCUGUAUCUUUGGUCGCAGCUUACAUUAGCACAAUCCUCCGUUUAUCUAUUCCAUUGUCAAUGGUAAAUGCUGUUUAGUUCAAAAGGUUGUCUGUGGGGUCACCUAUACCAUAAAACGACAUGCAAUUAGAACCAAUUUAGGACCGUUUGACUCAUGUUCACCAACACAUUUGCGCUCUUCCUAGUUGAGAGUUAUUGAAUAUGAAUAUAACAGGUGAAGGCUAAGUGUUGUAUUCACACAAGUCACUGAGUAAAAUUGAGAGCACAGUUUUUAUACUGGCAUCUGGUGGAAAGAUAAGUGAAUUACAUACAUUGUAACAACAUUGUAGGCUAUGCAUAAUACGUUUUCAUAUAUCAUUGCAAAUAUGAAGUGAAUCAUUAAUUGAUCACCUACGCCCAGUAGCCUACAUGCAACGAACGUCGCCGUGUGUGCCAAGUGCGUAAUUGUUGCGCCAAAACCAGUUGAGCGCAAUUAUCAAGCGUCUACAACAUUAAUCUUUGAAUGGUCACUAGUUUGCUAACAAUAGUGUGUCCACGUGGCGCUCUGGACACGGAUUUUUUUCUUCUGCGGCUUUGGUCACGUUGAACAUGGCACAAGUUGCGUGGAUGUUUUGUCUAUUUGUAUGGAUUUUUCUGGCUUUCCAUUCACACAAGUACUAGCGGAAGCUGAUUUUAACGUUGACAGAUGGGAGGGUCAAGAGCAUCAAGACUACCAAUUUGCGGAGCGGCACCUCCUGGGCAAUGUACCAGUGCGUGGGGUGAUCGGGCCUCGGAUAGGGGAAGACGAUGCCACCGGUACCCUCGGUCAGAACCACCAUACUACUUCCUUCCCAUGUUCCAGCACUCUGCGGUUCCCGUCGUCGAUUGGGACUUGUUCAGACCAGUCGUCAGGAAAAUACGUUUCCCCAGUAUCUUGACCAACCUCUUGCUUCCGCCACAAAAUAGUCCAGAGCGCAACCACUUCUCUCCCGUGCGUAAUCCGCGUGGAGUGGAGGUGUGGUGCAACAACCAGAUCUCCGUGCGCAUCAACAGAGGUCAGCUCAGGUUUAGGUGUCUGGCCUCCAUGCUCUUCCUGGGCACCCCACUUUUCUUUUACUUCCAUUAUGACUUGAAUGACUGUGGCAGUACUCAAACGACCAUGAAUGGCCAGCUGGUGUACUCCAGCUCACUUCACCUUUCUCCAGAACCACAAGGGCCAAUGAUAAGAGCCAUACCUCUCAACCUCCCCAUUCAGUGCAUAUGUAACCGAGAGAUGGGAACAAUUGUCGUCAGAAGAGAGCUACAUGCUUGGGGAGCCAAUGUACUUCAAAGCCUACGCAGCUUUUAUCCCCAGAGAUGGGUGUGUUUGUUGAUUCCUGCUUUGUUACAACAUCCAAGGACCCACAUACCACACCCCGCCAUGAAGUCAUUCGCAACUUUGGGUAAUCAAACACUUACGUUCUCACACACUGAUGUAGCUAUAGCAUUUAUAUCUAUUCUAGUGGUGGGUAUAUCCGCGUGUAUGUGUUUUAGAUGUAUGGUGGACAGCAGUCGGAAAGGCAGUCAGUCUCUGUUCUUCUCCCGAGAGUCAAAUGUCCUGCGUUUUACUGUGGAUGCUUUCCUGUCCCCCCGAAUCACUGCCACGGUUAGGCUAUAUGAUGUUAUGGUAAACAAAUGUUUCCACAACGGUAGUGAAUAGUGAUUUAUAUAAUCCGUACUCUGUUCCACAGCAUCUCCACCUGCACUGUACUGUGACUGUCAUGAAAUCCACUUCAAAGCGCAGCGCCAAAUCCCGUACAAUAGCACAGUGGGAAGGACCUGAGCCCAAGGACCGUGCCCCAGGACGACCUGACAUGAUGACUCCUUGCUGUCCCCAGUCCACCUGGCCAUGCUGCUGCUCCAGUUUCAACUGUUCUGCCUUACUAUUAUUCGACCAUGCUGGUCAUUUAUGAACAUUUGAAC